UCGUCAGAAACGUAACUCCGAAAUUUAGAUGGGCAUGGAGACGCCUAUAAAGCAUUAUGACCCCGUUUUUGAAAUGGAACAGCUGUUCUUUCAACUGGAAACCAAUUCAACAAGCUCGUCCUCUAUGCUGAAGGAGUACCAAGAGAAAAUCAGCACUCAGACACUAGUCAUAAAGACUCUAGAGCAAAAAUUGACAAAACUGGAAGCGGAAACGAAAUCAAACAACAGAAUGCUUGUAGGCCAGAAAGCCGAGAUUGAGAAGUACCAUGUUGCGAUAGGGCAACUUAAUCAACGACUCGCUGAUCUUCAAUCAGAAAUCAAAUCUCCCAUGGAUUACACAGCGAAGAUCAGAUCUCGUCAAAGCUCCAUAGCUAGACUCGAGGAAAAGUUGGCCAGACUACAAGAACAAUCUACUUGCCAAUCGCAAAUUUUUCCUUUUCGCUCGUUUAGAGACUUACGAAUUUCGAGACUUUCGAAGAGAAUUGCAGAGCAUCAAAAAUAUUUGCAAGCAGAUAUAAAUUCAAAUGCCGAAAGGGAAAAGCCUGCAAAGGAGUGCAGAGAGCAAACGGCCCUCAUAAAGGAUCUGGAGGCAAAAUUAGCAAGGCUGGACGCGGAUACAAAAUCCAGAAAUAUCAACAUGGAGGAGAGAUUAGCGAAGCUGGAACUGGAAGGCGAAUCAAAGAUGAAAAUGAUUAGAGCGUCGCAAGGGAAAAUUGGCCAGCACGAGAACACCACCAAGCAGCUAAGGAAAUCGAUUGCUGACCUCAAAUUAUUGAUAGAGGAGACUAGUGCCAACAACUCCAGUGUCGAAGGUCUUCACCUGAAACUGCAGUCUUAUCUGGCCAAGCAGGAGGAAAAUGAAAAACUUUUGGAUUCCUACAAAGUGCAGCUGAAGGAGCGGAACGACCAAAUAAACCUUCUGGAAUUAAAAAGAACGAAAAAGCAAAGACGAAGAUGAUAUUUCAAGAAACUUGAGGAUAGAAACAAAAACUAAAUAUACAUUUAAUAUAAAAUAUAAAA